UCUCUCACUCUCUCUUUCAACUCCUACUUCCCCUCCCCCUACCAAAGUGCCACCCUUCAAAUACCACCGGCACGUCGCUCAUCUCCGCCCACCUGCAGCUGCGCCUGACCCGGCAGCUGUUUACAAACACCCUCUGCACUCGCAGUCAUUUGUCUCUUCGCUGUACGACUCCUGUGUCGUCCAGCGCAACCCCCACUGUCAGCAUCGUCGUCCCGCGGCGCAACUGUCGCCUUCAGGACAGCAGGUCCGUCUUCACCGCGCCUUCACUCAAGACCUCAAGGUUACCGGACUCGGCCUUUCUCUGGUAGAACGGGCUUGAGUACGGUAAUUCCUUGCACCAGCUGCUUCCAUGCCGUUAGUCAUUGCUCUUCCUCAUCGUCGCGCCCCUUCCCGGCGUGCGCUUUCGCGCCGUCCUGCCCAACGUCGAGUUACUGCUGCUGCUUCUUCUCCUUCCUCCUCCCGCUCCCGUGCCAGCCCUCAGUCCAGCGUUUCGAUUACAUCCGCAAUGGCAGAGAGCGACACUAACGUCUUGAUCGACUUUAGGUUAAAGGACAUCAACGUAAACCACGCGACGGGCUCAGCAGCACACCACCCGUACUCCGAGGACGAGGAAGAAGACUCUGGUGUCCAAGUGUCGUCGCACUCGGGCAGCCACGAAGACGAAUACACAGACUCCGAGGAAGACGAAGACGAAGAGGAAGAGAGAGACGAAGAGGAGUGGGAUUACAUUGUUGAAGACGAGAUCGAACCAUCCGAUUCCGCGUCGCGCCCUCGCUUGUCUGCCAGACACACUUCUGUUCCCCCGCAAGCUCCCCGACCCCAGCCCGCGCGGCGCAAAUCCUCCCGCCACGUCCCUGUGCGCAACCCUCCGCCUCCCGCCCGGUCCAGGAGCAGACAAAAGCUGGACUCAGAGCACCGGCCGCGGCGGCGAAGGCCACAAUCCGCCCAUUCUGAAAGCCUGGAGAGUCACGACGACUAUCCGGGCUACCCCCGGGGCGGACAUCCCCCACAUCACCCCAGUCAACAGUGGUCGCAUGUUCCUCACCAGCCCCCACCUAGCGGGUAUGCGCCCAGCAUAAUGUCACAACCAUUCAAUCCAUUCACAGGUGGUCCACCACCACCUGGGAAUCAGCUGGUGCCUUUCGGCAGCCCUGACCCAAAUUAUUACGCUGCAAACCCCUUCUCACCAAGUGGUGGCGCGAACCCUUUCGCCUCCCCACCGGCCCAUGGUGACCCCAAUGGGUACUUUCCUCCUCAGGGGCAUGGUCAUCGUUCUGGAAGAGGCCAUCGCAACUCAAUGCCUCCCGUGCCGGCGGGAGACAUGAUGCCCUACGGAUAUGCGAAUGGAUAUUAUCCUCCAUACGGCGCACCACCUUACGGGAUGCCUGGAAUGCCACCAAUGUGGCCUCCAUACCAGCCACCCCCCCCUCAACACACAACUCCGCCACCUGCCCAUCCCCCUUCCACAAAGGGCACGCCGGCUCCCCCCCAAGACCCCGCCGCACAACCAGCUCCGCCCCCUCCUCCCCCUCCUCCUCCUCCUCCACUACCACCCCCGCCAAUACAAUUUAUGCCUCCACCCCCACCUCCGCCAGAUACAGCUAAAGAGGAUGGUAUGCUCACCAAACUUGAGAGGCUCCUUCUCGGCAAAGCGGCGGAAGAUGAGAAAGCUGCAGAGGCUGCGCGGAAGAAGGCGGAGGAGGCUAAGUUCUCUCGUCUAGAGAACCUCCUUAUCGCCCAACAAGAGGCUCGUGCUCAAAAGGACGCAGAGAAGAAGAAAAAGCUAGAGGAGGCCGAAGCCAUGCAGCGGGAGGCGAAGAAGAGGGGAGACGAAGAUAAGUUGGCAAAGCUCGAGAAGCUCAUAAUUGCCCAGAAAGACGAGCAAUUAAAGCGAGAGGCCGCCACUGAGGCUGCUCGACUUGCGGAGAAGGCUGAGGCCGAGUCCCGCGCUGCAAAGGAGGCCGCAGAAAAGAAAGCUGCUGCGGAGACGGCUGCAAAGUUGUUGGAAGCCGCGAAGAAAGCUCGGGAGGAGGCUGAGGCGAAAGCGGCAAAGGAUGCCGAAGAAGCGAAAGUAGCACACGAGAAAGCGCUCGCCGAAGCCAAGGCGGCUGCAGAGGAACUGGAGAAGGCCAAGAAGGCUGCAGAAGAAGAAGCCAAACGACUCAAGCCAUCCGACGCGCCAAAGCUUCCGAUCAAGUUCAAAGAUGCCGUAGGCCGCAAGUUCAGUUUCCCCUGGCACUUGUGCAAGACCUGGAAGGGCAUGGAAGAGUUGAUCAAGCAAGCCUUCCUCCACGUCGAUGUCAUUGGCCCCCACGUGCAUGAGGGACACUACGAUCUCGUAGGUCCUGAUGGAGAGAUCAUUCUGCCCCAGGUAUGGGAAACAAUGGUACAGCCUGAUUGGGCCAUCACAAUGCACAUGUGGCCAAUGCCCGAACCUCCUCCAGCACCUAAAGACGUGCCGCCGCCUCCUCCACAUCCCAUUGACCCACAAAUGGUCAUCAUCCCGCCUCACCAUGGGAGGGAGAAAAGGAAGGGUAGAACGAAAGGCUCCUCCAGGCAUCAUAUGAUGCCCCCGCCACCGCCACCACCGCCACCACCACCACCUAUGGGUAUGCCCCAACCGCCGCCACCUCCUCCGCCUCCACCACCCCCCGCGGCCGCAGAUGGUGGGGGUCCACCACCACCGCCAGCAGGCAUAAUACUUGAGCCGCAGCGACCCAGGUCCACAAGGCCGGCAGCAAACCCUACUCUCUUGAGGUGGAUGGCUGGGUCGAAGCGUUCGCAGUCUUUAAAAGGGUUAAAAAAACCUGAAGGCCCUAGAACUCCAACCACUGUAGUUGCUACUAACGGCGAGGGCGGGUGCAUUGUCAUGUGAAGAUACCACUAAUAUC